AUGGCCAUCUUUAAUGAGUUACGUCGUAUUUUCAAGCGUCAGAAAUUCAAUGUGAUUCUUUUGCGCCAUAUAAUCGGAUUGCCAGCUGGACCAGGUGAUCCGAUCGACGUCGUUCGACACAUUCUGGAGAAAACUCCGAUCAACAUUGCCGAACAUUUCAAUUUUGAAAUGAUCACCCGAAGCCAAUGUGUGCAAGGAUGCCGGCCGGUGGAAGUAACACGAGAAGUUCGUCAAUCGUGUCACGCCAUGAAUGCAGAAGUAGACAUGGACAUGGCAGCAAUUGUUCAAUCGACGAUAAUUCGAGAGAAUGGUGUCUGUCAGCAAUGCCAAGGAAAUGCCCUACUUAUCCGAUCAAUGCAUGGCUCGGAAACUCAAAAAUAUGCCGUUGUGAACAUGGGUCAGCCGGCAAAUAUUGUCGGACUUCGAGGCGGUGUUCCCACGGAAUUCUUUGGAACAACAUGGAAGCUAAUUGGAUAUACUCGUUAUAUUCCCAACAUGGAACACUACGUUUCACACAUUUGGAAUGGCGAGCAUUUCCUCUUUGUCAACGAUCACACGAUCAGCCACGAGCAGAUGGAGAUGAAGGACGUCAACAUGCUAAUAUUCGAGAGGAGCGAAUAA